GGCAGUGUGCGAAGUUUGCGCAGGCGCAGUGUGAGGCAAGCCGGGUGGAGCAAGAUGGCGGCAGCUGUGGCGGCUCCGAAUGGUAGUGGAAUGGAGGUGGACGGUGCCGUCCUCCCCACGGUAAUGGCACAAGGGGUAACCGGGAGUGUGGCUGUCGCACUUCAUCCCCUCGUGAUCUUAAACAUCUCUGACCACUGGAUCCGUAUGAGAUCACAAGAGGGACGACCGGUGCAAGUGAUCGGAGCGCUCAUCGGCAAGCAGGAGGGAAGGAACAUCGAGGUGAUGAACUCAUUUGAGCUCCUGUCGCAGAUCAACGAUGAAAAAAUCACAAUCAAUAAAGAGUAUUAUUACACCAAGGAGGAGCAGUUUAAGCAGGUGUUUAAAGACAUGGAGUUCCUGGGCUGGUACACAACAGGAGGACCCCCGGACCCGUCCGACAUUCACGUCCACAAACAGGUGUGUGAGAUUAUUGAGUCCCCGCUUUUCCUGAAGUUAAACCCCAUGACAAAGCACACUGAUCUUCCAGUCAGUGUGUACGAAUCGGUGAUAGACAUCGUGAAUGGAGAGGCCACCAUGCUGUUGGCGGAGUUACCGUACACGUUGGCCACAGAAGAGGCAGAGAGAAUCGGUGUAGACCAUGUAGCUCGAAUGACAGCGACUGGCAGCGGGGAGAACUCGACAGUAGCGGAGCAUCUUAUUGCGCAGCACAGCGCCAUAAAGAUGCUGCACAGUCGGGUCCGGCUCAUUCUGGAGUAUGUUAGAGCGGCUGAGGCUGGAGAGGUUCCCUUUAAUCAUGAAAUUCUGCGCGAGGCCUCCGCUCUGUGCCACUGUCUCCCUGUACUCAGCACUGACAAGUUUAAGAUGGACUUCUACGAUCAAUGCAAUGACGUCGGCUUAAUGUCUUACCUGGGCACCAUCACCAAGACCUGCAACACCAUGAACCAAUUCGUCAACAAGUUCAACAUCCUGUAUGACCGCCAGGGAAUCGGGCGGAGGAUGAGAGGCCUCUUCUUCUGAAAGCGGAGGCUACACCUACUGCACCGGCACAACCUUCUUUUGUAUAAAAGGACUUUAGUGAGCAAACAAACCCACCGACCUGAGCUCUAUGUAAUUGUUACUUUAGGAGAUAGAAUAAUUAAAGUGUUCUCUGACCAUGA